CCAUCUCUUUCCUUCUCACAUUGGUUGUUGUUUGGAAUGUUGUAGCCCCCAUCACCCAGAAGAAUGCCAGCUCAUCGUCCUCGCUUCUGGAGGAGAGUUUGGCGGUGAGCCCUUCGAUGGCUGACCGAGUCGCAAGGGUGAAGAAGACACCUCCCAAGAGUGUGAGGAGAAAGCUUUCGGCUAUGGCGACACUGUUGGCGCAAGAGGAAGUCUACAAUGCGCUAUCUCGUGAGGGAGACAAGUUCGGCAAGAGCAAAGCUCCGCAGCACAAAUCCGGCUUUACAUCUUGGAUGCAGACUCUUUCCAGUCAGAGGGAGGAGAGCCAGAUCGAGCAGAACGUACGGAGUCGAAUGCUGAAUAAGAACGGAGGAUACGGAAGAGAAAUCCUAAAGCAAGUUCCUGCUGCAUACGACACUGAACUUCCUGCUUUAGCAACGCAGGCAGCGCACGAGGCCACUGAACGAGCUUAUCACAAGCUCCGUGCAAAACUGGUUGAGGCGGGGGAGUGGAACAAGGGGUACCUGCCUCCAGGUAACGACUUGCUCCACAACCCGUUCGACUUCGACGGGAAGUUCGUGAACGACAAACAGAAGCUCGGCGUUGCAUGCAAGCAAGCGUGUUCGCAGCAUGAAGCUUGUAGGGGGUACACGUACCAUCCUGCGAAGGGCGUGUGCUACCUCAAGACUUGCUCCUCCUCAUCCUUCUCCUCCUCCUCCUCCUCAUCCUCCUCCUCUUACGCCCUCACACAGGUGAAGGAUGUGAAGGUCGGUAGUGGAGAACAGCUCAAACCCGGAGACACGGCAACGAUCGGAUACGUUGGAAAACUGCAAGAUGGAUCUGUGUUUGAUCAAGGAAAGUAUGUCUUCAUGUUCCGAGAAGGGCAGGUCAUCAAAGGCGACGACAUCGGCCUGCAGGGCAUGAGAGUAGGAGGAGAGCGCAAGCUAACGAUUCCUCCUUCCCUUGCUUACGGAGACCAGGGGUACCCGGGCUCUAUCCCUCCUAAGGCUACACUACACUUCGAUGUGAAGUUGCUUCACAUCUCCAAACGUCCGAUAACGGCUGGGUACAAGUCGUCAAACUCCCCCAACUGA